AUGCCACUACAUAACAACGUAACUGAGUUUAUACUCUUAGGAUUGACCCAGGACCCUCUGAGGCAGAAAAUAGUGUUCUUGAUCUUCUCGAUUUUCUAUGUGGGGACGGUGGUGGGGAACCUGCUCAUCAUGGUGACCAUCAAGUGCUGCCAGACUCUAGGGAGCCCCAUGUACUUCUUCCUGUUCCAUCUGUCCUUUGCUGACUCCUGCUUCUCAACAUCCACAGCCCCUAGACUGCUUGUAGAUGCUUUUUCUGCCAGGAAAGUCACAUCUUACAAUGAGUGCAUGACCCAAGUCUUCAUGCUGCAUUUCUUUGGUAGCCUGGAGAUCUCCGUCCUCAUUCUCAUGGCCAUUGAUCGCUAUGUAGCCAUCUGUAAGCCCUUGCGUUACCCAAGCAUCAUGAGCAGGCAAGUGUGUCUCCUCUCGAUUGUCCUUGCCUGGGUAGGGUCUUUCAUACACUCCACAGCUCAGAUCAUCUUGACCUUGAGGCUGCCCUUCUGUGGACCCAAUCUCAUUGACCACUACUGCUGUGAUCUGCAGCCCUUGUUGAAACUCGCUUGCAUGGACACACACACAGUCAACCUGCUGGUGGGGUUGAACAGUGGGGUCAUCUGCUCAAGCAGUUUUGUUUUCCUGAUGAUCUCAUACUUUGUCAUCCUCCAUUCACUGCGAAACCACAAUGCAGAAGGAAGAAAGAAGGCUCUCUCCACUUGCUCUUCUCACAUCACUGUUGUUAUCUUAUUCUUCGGCCCCUGUAUAUUCAUCUACGCACGCCCCAAGACUACCUUCCCCAUGGACAAGAUGGUGGCCGUGUUUUAUACCAUUGGGACCCCAUUUCUCAACCCCAUCAUCUACACACUGCGGAAUGCAGAAGUGAAAAAUGCCAUGAGAAAGUUAUGGCAUAUGAAAAUGACAGCAGAAAUCAAAAGGUGA